AUUAUUAUAUUAUUAUUAUCCUCAGUAUUAUAAACUGAUGUGUAAUAUUGGCUACAUGUUUUUGUUUUAGCUUUAGUUGUUUUAAUUAGCACCAGAGACUAAAAUAAUCCAGUGUUUGUCUAAAAAUGGAGCGGAUUUACUAAUCUGUUAAUUAGAUUACUGUUCCUGCCUUAGUGCCUUGUGUGUCCUCAUGCAUACAGACCAGCCCCUCGACGCUCAUGAACAUCACCUGAACUGCUCUCACAUUGUACUUUUAUUAAGUAUGAGUUGAUGAGACAGUUGAAUGUGAAUUGGUGUUGAAUGCGACCUAGGAUGGCUGCUCUGACAUUGCCUUUGGUUACUUUUCUCUGCUGGAUGAGCCUCUGUAGUGUAAGUGCAAAUGAGAAGGUUUACUCGGAAAACAUCACUCGCAUUUUGGAUCGACUUUUGGAUGGCUACGACAACAGACUGCGUCCUGGAUCUGGAGGUGGUUUAACAGAGGUGAAGACAGACAUCUUUGUCACCAGCUUCGGGCCUGUUUCAGAUGUUGAUAUGGAGUACACCAUGGACAUGUUCUUCCGCCAGAUGUGGGUUGAUGAGCGUUUGAAGUUCGAGGGCCCCACUGAGAUCCUGCGGCUGAACAAUCGCAUGGUGGACAAGAUCUGGACUCCUGAUACUUUUUUCAGAAACUCCAAAAAGUCCAUUUCCCAUAACAUGACCACACCGAACAAGCUCUUCCGCAUCAUGCAGAAUGGGACAGUCCUCUACACAAUGAGACUGACAAUCAGCGCAGAGUGUGCGAUGAAUCUGGUCAACUUCCCCAUGGACGGCCACGCCUGUCCUCUAAGAUUUGGGAGCUAUGCCUACACGAGGAGUGAGAUCAUUUUCACCUGGAAGAAGGGGCCAGUACUAUCUGUCGAUUGUCCCAAAGAGUCCAUGAGUCUUUUGCAGUACGACCUUGUGGGACAGACUUUGUCCAGUGAGAUAUUCAAAUCAAAUACAGGUCACUACUCUGUGCAGGUGAUCCAUUUCCACCUCCAGAGGAAGCUCGGUUACUACCUCAUUCAGACCUACAUCCCCCUCAUAAUGGUUGUUGUGUUGUCACAAGUCUCUUUUUGGAUUAACAAGGAGUCCGUCCCGGCACGUACAGUGGCUGGCAUCACCACAGUGCUGACCAUGACCACCUUGAGCAUCAGCGCCCGUCAGUCACUUCCCAAAGUGGCCUAUGCCACAGCCAUGGAUUGGUUCAUUGCUGUGUGCUUUGCCUUCGUGGCAUCGGCUCUGGUGGAGUUUGCCGCAGUAAACUACUUUGCCACGCUGCAGGCCAAUCGUCUGACCAAACGAAAAACCAGACAAGACAAGCUGGAAGUGUUGGCGACCGGCAGCGACGAUGACGACACAGUUUCUCAGUCGGACAGCAGCCCUCGGGAAGGCCUGAAGAAGAGGAACCACUCAGUGUGCCGCAGUGAGCUGGGAGAAGCUCCGCCAAUGCCCAACUUCCUCCAGCAGGGCUCAGCUUUUCCUCAGAUCCCGCAGUUGGCCGGCACCAGCCCCAUCGACGAGCACGCCCGUAUCCUCUUCCCCCUGACAUUCGCCCUCUUCAACCUCGUCUACUGGUUCAUCUACCUGGGCCAAGACAACAUGGAGAGUGCCAGAGACAUGGAUCUUAAAAACUGAGAGGUACUGGAAAAGGGCACGUGCAGCCGGAGAGACCUUCAGCAUCCAGCCAGCCCCCCCCCCCCCAUCUCUCUCUCUCCCCUUUCUGUGUGUGUGAACAAUCUCUCAGCAUUCACUCUGCUCUCGUCUGACAGAGGAAAUGAAUCAGAAACUCAUUUAUUCUCCCGCCGCACAUCUAUUCAUUUCACAGGCUGUGACCACUGCCCACUUGUGUUCUGAUCAGUAGCUGAAGAGCUGUCCUUCACGGGCCUCAAUCACUUUAAACAUGUACUGUACACACAACUACUUCUCAGGGCCCUGGACCGAGACAGACAUCACACACCUACAAGUAUGCAUGACAAACACACACACACACACACGCGCACACACACUGAGAAACACAUCAAAUAGAAGUGGAUGAUAUAAUCUAUGAUGGCUGUAACUGGUGGUGAUGCAACAGUGAACCAAUGCUUCCAGAAGCCUGCCAUCUACAGAAGUGCAGCUCCCACUACAACAAGAUCAAAAGCAAUGUAGAGGCGCCUUGCAUCCCGCCUUUCGGCUUCUAAUACCGUGCACUCAAACCUGAGGAAAAUGAGUUGUGGGAUUGUGUUUUUCCUUCCCACCUUUGUGCAGGGGCGCUCUGAUGCUGCCUUUUGCAUGUUCCCAUCUGCUGCAUGCACACACACACUCGGGGACGAUUGGGAUAGAAAACCUCUGACUGAGUGCUGCUGACAUGAACGCUCUAUUUUUGUAUGGAUGACACAUGACUGUUUGGCUCAGAUGUUUGCAUAUGAAGUGAUGGAUGGAGGGUUGUUCUCUUUUUAGCCACUUGACAUGUCUGAUAGCGUGAACACAAGGGGAAUAAAGUUGUUUUAAACUUGA